ACCUCGGCGUUCACCAUGACCCUCCCCCUCCUCCUCCUCCUCCUCCUCCUCUCCUCUUUCGCCAUCUCCGCCGACUCCUCCGCCGCAAGCCGUCGGCUCCUGCACUUUUUUUCUUUCGAUUUCCCCUUCCACGCUUUCCACUUCGGUUUCGAGCCCGAUUACGAACCGGUCGAAUCUCACGAGGCGGUCGUGGCGGCUCCUCCUCCUCACCCUCGCCUGCAGCGCGCCCACUCCGCCCUUCAGGCGUGGAAGCGCGCCAUCGUCUCUGACCCUACCAACUUUACUAGCAAUUGGGUCGGCGACGACGUCUGCUCCUACAACGGCGUCUUCUGCGCCCCCGCCCUCGACGACCCCUCCCUCCACGUCGUCGCCGGCGUCGACCUCAACGGCGCCGGCCUCGCGGGCCGCCUCCCCGACGAGAUCGGCCGCCUCGCGGAUGCGGCCAUCCUCCACCUCAACUCCAACCGCUUCGCCGGCCCCCUCCCCGACACCCUCUCCGACCUCGCCCUCCUCCACGAGCUCGACCUGAGCAACAACAACUUCUCGGGCCCGUUCCCUCAAUCCGUGCUCCGCCUCGCCGGCCUCAAAUACCUCGACCUUCGGUUCAAUGACUUCCACGGCCCGCUGCCGCCGGAGCUCUUCGACAGGGACCUCGACGCGCUGUUCCUGAACGACAACCGGUUUGACUCCUGCAUCCCGGAGAACUUCGGCAACAUAAAGGCGUCUGCGGUGGUCCUCGCGAACAACAAGUUCACGGGCUGCGUUCCGAGGAGCGUCGGGAGGAUGCGGUCGACGCUGAACGAGAUCGUCUUGUCGAACAACGAGCUCACCGGCUGCCUGCCGCCCGAAAUCGGCUCGCUGACGAGGCUCACCCUGUUGGACGUCAGCCAAAAUUUUCUCUCCGGAGGAUUGCCGGAGAGCUUCUCGCGAUUGAAGGACGUAGAGCAGCUGAACCUGGCGCACAACACGCUCGUCGGGGCCGUGCCGGACUGGGCCUGCCGGCUGGAACGGCUCGAGAACUUGUCGGUUUCGGAUAACUACUUCACGAGAGUCGCUUCGAGUUGCAGGGAGAGGUCCGGCGAUGUCGUGUUCGACGACGUAAACAACUGCUUGUCGGGAGUGAUAGGGCAGAAGCUGGCGGCGGAGUGCGCCGCGCCGGUGCUGAGUGGGUUUAGCGUGUGCGGUGGACUGCCGCGGAGCGUGCCGCUGCCGCCGCCGUCGUCGCUCGAUGUUCGCGCAUUCGUCUCGCCACCGCCGUUGCCGCCGCCACCGAGGCCGAAGUGCGUUCCCGCCCCGCGAAGCACGCCACUGCCCCCGCCGUCAUCGUUUGGUGUUCUACCGCCGGUCGGUGGUAUCCGGUACGCAUCGCCGCCGCCGCCGCUGCCCAUAUUCAACGGCUACUGAAUUUGAACUGUUGCUGUCUCAAAAGAUUGCAACUAUAUAUUGCCACGAGCCAUGUUACACUUGAGGAAUUAUUGUCAAAAUGGGCUAUUUAAAAUACAAUUUAAAUAAAGGCCCCUUGCUUUUGUAAUUUUAUUUUUCAGCAAAUAAUUAAUAGUCCAAGGUCAUUGAGAUGGCAUUAUACAUAGGCGAUAACUUUUUGUACUACUCAAAUUGUAAAAUUAAUGGUGACAAAUUUAAUUAAUGCAAUUAUUAUACGUUAUUUUCUCCGGUUAA